CCAGUUUCUGGGUGCUUCGCGACGCCGCUCAAGCAUUCGUAAUGUUGGUUACCUGCACCUUCAAGAUGGUGCUUGCACCUUCUGUUGAGCAUGGCAACCGAGUAUUUAAAUCGUGCGAUUUCCGAGUUCCAUGAAGCAUGUUUCCCAGAAUUAACAUUCACCAACACAGUGAAGUCUCACAACAUCCAACAAGUGAUCAGCUUCUCAAAACCCCACCCGACUCAACAACAUUCCACCAAUCACCACAUCUUCACUGCCAUCUCAGUCAAACAACAUGAUGUCCUUCCCCGGCUCUUUCUGCACUCCUACUGUUGCAGAGACCAGCUUCGUCCCGCUCUUCCGCCUCCUCGAGGAUUAUGACAAUUACGCCCGCGAGGUUCAGCGCAGCCAACCCGCCCCGGCAUCCCGUCGGCAGCGUGCCAGGCAGCAGCGCUCGCCGCUGACCACCUUCACCCCCAAGUUUGAUGUGCGGGAGACGGAGGAAACCUACGAGUUCCACGGCGAGCUGGCCGGCAUUGAGCGCGAGAACGUCAACAUCGAGUUUACCGAGCCGCAAACCAUUGUCAUCCGCGGCCACGUCGAGCGCACCUAUGCCCCGGAGUCGAACAACAACACCACGAAGGCACAGACCACUGAAGCCGAGAAAUCGCACCGCAACUCGUUCCACGCGACAGUCGAGGACGACCCGGAAGACACUCCCGCCUCGACUCCUGCUUCCAGUCCCAAGCCGGAGGCCGCGAAGCCUGCUUCUGACAACCAGCAAGUCGCCAAGGCCGUCCCGGCGGAGGCGCAGAAACAGCCCGAGUACUGGCGCUACGAGCGCUCCGUUGGCGAGUUCUCGCGCGCCUUCACAUUCCCGGUGCCUGUCGACCACGACGGCGUCAAGGCCAGCCUCAGCAAUGGUAUUUUGAGUGUCACGGUGCCCAAAUCGAAAAAGCCCGUAGCGAGGAGGAUCGAGAUCAGCGCGUAACCAGUGGAUGAAACCCUGGAUGUGUUUGCAUAGAACAUGAAAUGUCCGAAGGAAGCAUGAAUCGGAAUGGGAUAAAGGGGCUAAUGGUUAUCAGCGGUUCUGGGCUGUACUUGUAUGGUCACCUCAUGGCUUCCAGGGAAAGGAAGCAAGCGGGAUUGGGGCUUGGCGUUUAGGCUUGUCCUGGGUUCUUUCUAGCAACAGAUCAACAUAGACGGCGGAUGGAAUGAAUUCAGUCUCCUCAACCCCUC